AUGUGGCCCUCUAACACGCCACCACUCCCUCCCUCGCCGCGACCUCUUGCUGUGCCUCCUCCAAUGGCGCAUCCGUCUGUCUCCAUCCCCAGCACUGGACGCACGGGACGCACGCAUGCCAUUGUCUUCCCGAAGACCGGAGAGAACCAACCGCCCACCACCCACCACCGAGAAGAAGAAGAAGGAGAAGAAGACGACGACGACGACGAAGACGAGAUGGACGCGGUCCUUUCCCUGUCGUCCCUGGGAGGGACAACAGUCUACUGCCAGGCUGCCCAGCCUGCCCGUCCGACUCCGACUUUGCCUUCCUCCACACUGAGGAGGGACGAGCGUUCUGGGUUGGCCUUUGGGCCUUUUUAUCCGACCGUCUCCCGGGCUGGUUCCAGUCCGUCUGCCGUUGCUUCCGCCGCCGCCGCCGACCCGCCAUGGAUGAAGAGAGUGGCGCCUCCCCUGCCCCCACCCCCCCCCCCCGUUGUCUCCGGCCCCCCUGUGGCCCCCGAUCCCCCCCUCCCCUAG